AUGAGCAAGAAGAGCAAGAAGAUGCAGGCCGAGGCCAGCAGUGUAAAGAAGAAGCAGAAGAGCAAGAGCAAGGGGAGUAAGGAAGGGAAGAGCAAGAAGACAAAGUCGACCAGCUCGCGUACCCGCAAGGUCGUCCCUCGCAAGCAGCGGGUCGCUGCUGGUCGCAAGCGUGGCAACAAGGGCAAUGUUGCCCAUGUCUCAAACUUUCUGUGGAAGGAUGGGAAGGAGUAUGAGCGGGUGAAGCGUAAGAAGAAGGUCUCGCACGGCUCGCUCCGAUCGUCGGAAACAUCGAACCCUGAUCGGUCAUCAUCGCCCUCACCACCGCUCUUCCUCAACGAAAAGUCGUCCGACUCGUCGAUGGUUGGCACCGUCCGCUCCUCAUCCUCCUCCUCCUCGGGCUCCUCCUCCUCCUCGGGCUCCUCCUCCUCCUCCUCCUCGUCAUCCUCCUCCGACUCGUCGUAAACGCCCAAGACUUACCCACA